AUGUUCCCAUACAAGAAGAACGACCUCCCCUACAUCCACCGCUAUAUCACAACCCACAACACCGAAGGCGAAGCAGUAUUUCUUUCCCAUGCCCAGGUACCCGACUACCUCCCCUCAAAGCCAGCCGGGGAAGAUGGCGAGAUCGCCCUGCUGUACGCUACAACCAGUAUGCCGGCCUCAGUCGACGACGAAGCCGAUGUAGCCAUGUAUGACGAGUUCCUGCAUCAACCGCCGGGCAUCACGACCGAAAGAGGGACAAUUUUCCGGAUGAUCGACCUUCGGCCUGGAAAGGCCACGCCAAUGCAUCGGACGGUCAGCGUCGACUAUGGCGUGAUACUUGAGGGAGAGGUCGAUCUGGUACUGGAUUCGGGCGCGAAAAGGCACAUGCAUCGGGGUGAUGUUAGUGUGCAGAGGGGGACGGCACAUUCGUUUCGGAAUCGAAGUGAUAAGGAGUGGUGCCGGAUGUUGUUUGUCUUUUUGCCGAUGAAUAAAUUGACUAUUCAGGGUAAAGAGCUGGGGGAGGAAGUUUACGAGGAUGACUAUGAUAAGCCGGAUAAUAAAGAAGAAUAG